AUGGAACCCGAGGGGUCGACGUCGUAUACUGGGUACUUUGUGGUGUUUACUAAAGCCGCGGUCGUCGAUGAUGCCGUGGAAGAUUAUCCACGAGUUAUUCCAUUGCAAUCUGGAUUUCUGCUCAUGAGUCUCGUCGAGGUUAAGUGCAUUCGUCGAAUGCUUCUGGUCCCGGUCGAUGUUUCAAAGGUUUCCGACGUACUGUCCCGCCAGUACCCGUAUUUGCCAUCUGGACCACCGUCGCUGACCAACGAUGUUCCGCCAAAUAGUGCUUACAGUCCAUUGCACAAUAACCUAUCAUCGUUCCCGAGGCCUCCGGUCAGUGGAUACGACCCACAUGGCUCAAUGCGGGUUUCCGGCAUGCCGCCCGCUGGCGGUAUCGGUAUCCCCGGCGGGAAACCGGCGUAUUCGUUCAUGGUCACACCCGAAGGGCUGCAACCGGUGCCAUUCCCGCAUGAGGCCCUUGUUGGGCCCGGCAUCCCGCGACAUGCUCGUCAGAUCAACACGUUGACGCAUGGAGAAGUUGUCUGCGCCGUCACGAUAUCCAAUCCCACGAAAUAUGUGUACACCGGCGGAAAGGGAUGCGUCAAAGUCUGGGAUAUCUCUCAGCCAGGAACCAAGUCUCCGAUUUCCCAACUGGAUUGUUUGCAACGGGAUAAUUACAUUCGGUCCGUGAAACUUCUGCCGGACGGUCGAACUUUGAUCGUCGGAGGGGAAGCGAGCACCCUUAGCAUAUGGGACUUGGCUGCACCUACACCGAGGAUCAAGGGGCAGUUGGACUCUACCGCCCCCGCGUGCUACGCCCUGGCCAUUUCCCCGGAUGCCAAGGUCUGCUUCUCGUGCUGCUCAGAUGGUCACAUUGCCGUGUGGGACUUGCACAAUCAGUCCCUGGUGCGCCAAUUCCAGGGACACACCGAUGGCGCGUCGUGUAUCGAUAUCUCCAGCGACGGAACGCGGCUUUGGACUGGCGGCCUGGACAACACGGUUCGGUCAUGGGACCUGAGAGAAGGUCGUCAGUUGGCGCAGCACGACUUCCAGUCCCAAAUUUUCUCGCUCGGUUAUUGUCCAAGCUCUGGAAACGCAGGAGGCGGGGACUGGCUAGCUGUCGGCAUGGAGAGCUCGCACGUUGAAGUUCUGCACACUUCCAAACCCGACAAGUACCAGCUUCAUCUGCACGACUCGUGUGUGCUCUCCUUGAAAUUUGCCCAGUGUGGCAAGUGGUUCAUAUCUACCGGCAAGGACAACCUCGUCAAUGCGUGGAGAACUCCCUACGGCGCUUCCAUUUUCCAGAGCAAAGAGUCCUCUUCAGUACUCAGCUGCGACAUUUCGACUGACGACAAAUACAUCGUCACUGGUAGUGGGGACAAGAAGGCUACAGUGUAUGAAGUCAUCUACUGAUGAUCGUGGAUCGGAAAAACGAGUUUUGGAAAUGUCUGUCGGGACUCGGGACAUGUUCGGGCAAAAUCCAGCGGAGGAGUGCUUGCUGUGUGUUCUCCAGUUCAACAUUUUUUUCGUUUCGGUGUUUCUGAGCAAUGAGACAACGGGAUCUCGUGUCGUCUCCAUAACUGAGCAGCUUCACCCUUCCUGCGUAGCAGAAAUCGGAAUAUUUUUUUUAAACGUGCAUGAUCAAAGAUUAUGGGGGCAGUUGCCCAUGUCUUUUGUGUGGACGCAACCGAUGGUUUUUUUAUUGACAGUCGGUGUUCGGAUGAAUUUCCCGCGGACUUGUGUUGAAGCAAUCAGCUUAUUGUUGACGACCGCCGAGCAUGAUGAAAAUACUCAGCGCGAUAUGGAUUGCUGCUGCAGGGCAUUCCUUGCCAGGACAACGUAGCCGAGGAUUCCAUUCGUAAAGUUGAAGAGAAAACUUGAUCACGCUACGAUUAAAAUGAAACUGAAGGAUUUCGAAAGGUCUCACUGGAAGACACGACGCACUCUAGUCGGGUGUGACUGUUUGCUAAGGGAUGACGCUCCCUGGACUUGUGAUGCUGAAUGAUUGAGUACCGAAUGAGCGUGAAAAGUGGGCGUGCGAGCAUAGAAAUUUGUUCCCUCUAGAAUGAUCUGAUCUUAUAGAAACGGUUGGCUGAAGAAAUUGAUUCGCCGCAAUUGUUGAAUUCUUGAGCAAUGUAGGGGGUUUUGUUGAAUUGAUCGAUGCGGAGAAAAAUGCUAAGUGUGGAAAGAACGCCACGUAGUUUGAGAAUCUCGUUGAAUUUGAUAUUUCGCUUGAUGUGGAUUGCAAUUCAAGAAGGGUGAAAUUUCCUUUUUUUUUCAUGAAAUUCUCGUAUCUUUCGAUUGGAGUUGGCAGUGCCGGUUUUCAAGUGCAGUUCAAACACGGCUACAUCCUCAUGAGAUAUUGUUUCAGGCAAAACCGGAUGCUCAUGCGGAAUGUGCCAAGUGUGUUUUUUUUUCUCAUUAAAAUCAGAAAUAUAUGAUACGAUUUGCCAACUUUCAUUGAGAAAA